AUGGCUGCCCCUCAGGCUCCAAACCCAUUCUCGGCUUCCGUGCCCGCGGCCGAUGCUUUCCAGCUUCUUCCCGAGUCGCAAAAGGCGGGCGACGCUGAGGAUGCAUUGUACGAGUCGCAGAUCAAGGAGGUCGAGGCCUGGUGGUCGUCACCCCGAUUCCAUGGCAUCAAGAGACCUUAUAGCGCAGAUGAUGUGGUUUCUAAGCGAGGAACCCAGAAGAUCUCCUACCCGAGCUCUGUCAUGGCCACCAAGCUCUUCAACCUGAUCCGUGAGCGCGAGUCCAAGGGCGAGCCCAUUCAUACGAUGGGCGCCAUCGAUCCUGUACAGAUGACACAACAAGCUCCCCACCAAGAGGUUCUCUACAUCUCGGGCUGGGCUUGCUCCUCGCUCCUCACCUCGACGAAUGAGGUCUCGCCUGAUUUCGGCGACUACCCAUAUAACACAGUUCCAAACCAGGUGCAGCGACUGGCCAAGGCCCAGUCCAUGCACGAUCGCAAGCAGUGGGAUGCUCGUCGCAAGCUGACACCCGAGGAGCGUGCCAAGACUCCCUAUACCGACUACCUGCGGCCCAUCAUUGCCGAUGGCGACACUGGCCACGGCGGUCUUUCUGCCGUUAUCAAGCUGGCAAAGCUCUUUGCCGAGAACGGCGCCGCUGCUGUCCACUUCGAGGACCAGCUGCACGGUGGCAAGAAGUGCGGCCAUCUUGCCGGCAAGGUCCUUGUCCCCACUGGGGAGCACAUCAACCGCCUCAACGCUGCGCGAUUCCAGUGGGAUGUCAUGGGAUGUGAGAACCUCGUGCUCGCCCGUACCGACUCUGAGUCUGGCAAGUUGAUCUCGUCAGCUAUUGAUGUCCGUGACCACGAGUUCAUCCUCGGUGUCACUGACCCCUCGGUACAGCCUCUUGCUGAGACCAUCCAAGCGAUGGAAGCGAAGGGCGCUGCGGGCUCCGAGAUCGAUGCUUUUGAGGCCAAAUGGGUCAAAGAGAGCAAGCUGGUCACCUUCGACGAGGCCGCGGUGGCUCAUAUGAAGGACAAGGGCGUUGCCCAGGCCAAGAUUGACGAGUAUCUCGCUGCUACUGCCGAGGACCGUGAUAUGGGCAUUACCCGCCGCAGGUCCCUCGCAUCUCACUACGCAGGCUCCCCAGUCUACUUCAGCUGGGACGUGCCCCGCACCCGUGAGGGCUUCUACCACUUCAAGGCUGGCAUGGAUGCGGCGACGAAGCGUGCUCUUGCCUUUGGCCCUUACGCCGACCUCCUGUGGGUCGAGACCGGAGACCCCAACGUCGAGGUUGCGGCCAAGCUCGGACGCGCCGUCCGUGAAGUAUAUCCCGGGAAGGGCCUCGUGUACAACCUCUCACCGUCGUUCAACUGGAUGGCACACGGCUUCACUGAUGAGACGCUCAAAUCUUUCAUCUGGGAUAUUGCUCGUGAGGGUUUCGUCCUCCAGCUCAUCUCCCUGGCAGGCCUGCAUUCCACCGCCACCAUCUCGAACGAGCUGGCGCGCGAGUUCAAGACGGACGGCAUGAAGGCGUAUGUCGAUCUCGUGCAGCGCAGAGAGAAGGAGUUGGGCUGCGACGUCCUCACACACCAGAAAUGGAGCGGCGCCAGCUACAUUGACGGAAUCCUCGGCGCCAUCCAGAGUGGUAGCUCCAGUAGCAAGAGCAUGGGUGAAGGCAACACGGAAGGCCAGUUUCACUAA